AUGAAGGGGUUGUUUGUGGUGCAGGAGAGCCUGGGAAACCGGGAAAGCCGCGAGGGAAAGGAGCCAAAGCUGCGGCUCCGUGACCCGGGCGGGGACAGCACGCGUGGGUGUGAAGGUGAUGUCCCUGUGACUCCCCAGAUCCGCGCCCUCUACAACGUGCUGGCCAAAGUCAAGCGGGAGCGAGACGAGUACAAGAGGAAAUGGGAGGAGGAGCUGAGCAGAAGGAUGAGCCUGGAAUCCAUGGUGGAAACCUUGCGAGAGGAGGCCCAGGAAGCAGAAGCUCUCCAGGAGGAGCUGAAUGAGAAGAUCGAGAGGCUGAAAGCAGAGCUGGUGGUCUUUAAAGGUCUGAUGAGUGAUCCCAUGACAGACCUGGACACAAAGAUCCAAGAAAAGGCCAUGAAGGUGGACAUGGACAUCUGCCGCCGAAUCGAUAUCACGGCCAAGCUGUGCGAUGUCGCGCAGCAGCGCAACUCGGAAGACGUUUCCAAGAUUUUCCAGGUGGCCUCCAAGAAGAAGGAGAGGAAGCUGGCGUCGGACGAGGAGCUGUCGGAGCAGGACGCGGACAACGGGAGGUUCUCGGAUGAGGAGGUCAGCUGCUCCCUCAACAUCACCGAUGAGAUGAAGAGGAUGUUCAACCAGCUGCGUGAGACGUUCGAUUUCGAUGACGACUGUGACAGUUUGACGUGGGAGGAGAACGAGGAAACGCUGCUGCUUUGGGAAGAUUUCACCAACUGCAAUCCCUCCAUCGACCUCCAGGGAGAGGAAGAAAACCUGGGAAACUUGAUCCACGAAACAGAGUCCUUCUUCAAAACUCGAGACAAGGAGUACCAGGAGACAAUAGGGCAGAUAGAGCUGGAGCUGGCCACGGCCAAGAGCGACAUGAACCGUCACCUCCACGAGUACAUGGAGAUGUGCAGCAUGAAACGGGGUCUGGACGUGCAGAUGGAAACGUGCCGCAGGCUCAUCAAGGGCUCAGCCGACAGGAAUUCUCCAUCCCCCAGCUCCGUAGCCAGCAGCGACUCAGGAAACACAGACGAAAUUCAGGACGAUUUGGACAGAGAGACGGACGUGGAGCCCAUGGUCAGCUGAUAGGAAAUGGGAAGAAUUCCAGAAAAAAAAAAAAAAGAAAGAAAGAAAGAUUCCAAACCAAUUGCUGGGGGAAAGGUGAAAAGACUGGAGAGCCCCUGCAGGGGGACUCUGAUUCCUACACACAUCCCCUCCCUCCCAAGGAUUGGUGCUGUACAUUUCUAUUCUUCAAACCAUAAAUGCAGAGUUCUGUAGGAAAACACGGUGUUUUAAUUGUGCCUUUGCCCCAAGCUGAGCCACUUUGAGCUCCAGUGGAAUAUUAAUAACAGGUGUUUUUAUAU